GGGUGUCCGCUUUGGGCGUGGGAACAUACCCCGUGUGCUUCUCAUCCCCGUUUCCUUGCACAAACUUGGACUCUGGGUGGGAGGCAGGUACUUUGCCGGUCGACACCCCCCUGGGCUUUUGCUGCUGGGUUGUCUGUGGGCACCAAUGUGGGAAACCAUGAUCACCGUGCUGGGAGAGGGGAGGGCUGAGGUUCCUUGACCAACCCAGUGCUGAGCCCGUGUCCACGGGGCCGUGGCGCUGCCUCCAUGGGACCGGCUGCUCCACUGCUCUGCUGCAACCCACUUCCUUCCGCAUUUCGGAAAUCCCUUCUGACCGGGAACCUCUGUGUUCCUGCGCCUGGGGAGAGAGGACCUGGGCGGUGGCGAGGAAGGGUCCCCACUCCGCUGUCACCAUGGCUGCCUUGGCCCCUGGACCUGGUUGGUGUCUGCCAGCCCUCGUGGUGCUGCUUCUUGUGGACAUCCCAGGCACCGGGGGCCAGAACUCAGUGUCGGUGUCAGUGGGGGCGACGCUAGUGCUGAAUUGCACCAUGCCUCUGGAUGCACCAGUAGGGCUGGUGGAGUGGUUCAAGGGCAAGGGCAGGGACCGCCAGCCCAUCUCCGAAGAGACACAGUCAUUGCCCCGGGUCACAAGGGUUGCAGUCAGCUCUCCCGUAGACUACUCCAUCUGCAUCAGUGACAUCUGCCCCGAGGACGCCGGCACCUAUUACUGCGUGAAGUUCAGGAGAGGAUUGUACAGUGAAAUGAUGGAGUACCUAUCUGGACCAUACACGGUGGUGUCUGUGCCUGCUGCAGAUCCAGCCUCCGCUUCGGGGCCGUGGCUCUUGUCCAACCCCAAGUUCUGGCUCGGGGCUGCCCUGGAGAAGGUGCUGAUGGCUGUCCUGCUCUUCUUGCUCUUCUUCUUCUUGCUGAGAAGGCGCACAAACAACAGCUAAGGGACCCUCCUCCUCCAUCUCUUCGGCUGCCCCGUGCUCUAGCCCUGUUGUUCCUGCAGCACCUGCCCUGAGCUGGUAGCUGAAUGGCCUGGGGGUAGGUCCAGUGCUGGACCCAGGGGGUGGCUGCUGGCUGGUGCUCUGGGAUGCCAGGGUGACGGGAGCAGGGAGCACAGCCCCUCCACCCUGCUCCACGGCACUGUUUCUGCUGCCUUGGACCCUG